AUGAGAGAAGGUGAUGGUGGGUCGCGCCGUGCCGCGAGGCUCGUCCAAAUGGCAGGCACAAGCACUUUAGCCGAAGACAAAAUCAACCCGCUUCGAAUAUCGAACGUCAUGCCCGUGAACGACACAGGGCCUCUUUCGGUCGGCCUUGGCACCCAUCCCUACGAUGGGCAAUAGGAACAUGUCACGGCAAUGGUGCAAAAAUCACGAACCUCGCUUACGCGUGCUCCCUCUCGGGAGCGACGUCCUAAGCCGACUCGAGCAUUUGAUUCGUAGACUCUUUCGGAUACUCGGUCUAUCACCACCAAACAUCUUCUCGUCCUACGCGAGGACCUUGUCGCCACAGCCAGCACCAUAUCACUUGUCACCGGCCAUCACGCAGACAAAUAUAUAUGGCACUUUUCGUAUUGAACGCUUUCCCCUUGCGGACGUCGGGCGACUUCCCAGACACGCAAUAAUCCUCUUUCAGCAGAAAUAAUCCGAGGAACACAGCCGGACGCACAUGUUUGAAUCACUGAAAAACACACUAACAGCACGAGGGAUUCCCACGUCUCAUCCCCCAGUGUAGCAACAGCGUGGCCCGGCGACACCUAAGCUUUCUGGAGCGGACCCGAGAGAAGGGUAUUUGGCACAAAAGGUUGAUUCUGGCUACACCUGCCCGCUCAUACAUUGCAGCAAAACAGCAUUGGAAGUUGACCAACAGUGUUUGCAUUUUAUCGUUGCUGUACAACGUAAAGCUGUUGGUAAUGCUGUAUGACGAUUGUUGAGGAUGGAUCGUGACGUCGGCAAGAUUGAUAUUGGCAUGAACCGUACGCGCCAAUGAUGUACUUCGGAUCACCAAACGUACAGCCAUCCUCCAGUCACAGCAAGCGCAGGAGCAGCGGUGAGGGGUGUCGAAGGUACCCUUCUGACCAAAUGCGAACCCAGCAGCCGGCAAGACCUUGAGACAAAUUCAACAACACCUUGUCGAUCAAGCCAAAACCAGCUCGAAAGAACACCGAUAACGCUGUAUGCGAACACGGCCUUACGCACACGCAGCGCCAUGCCUCGGGGCUUCCUCUCUCGCGCCGCUGCUCAGAAUUUAUGGCUGCACCCGACAGAGAGUGCAGGGCAAAGAGACAGUUGACGUGCGCGUUUGUGCGGUCUAGACUUCACAGCUCGCUUUCGUACACACCGGGGGGGGAGGCCUCUUUCGUUGUGCGGAGAAGCGAUGUUUCACCUGUCCUCGAAUUAUUUCCUGUGGGGUUCAACGCCAACAAGCUCGAAACGCGAUCUAGCACCACGGGUUACAUGGAUCUUCAGACUAAUGAGGUUGCCCAAGCCUGAGACGUAUUCGAAUUGCUUCCUAGAGACACAGACCCACGUCAUUGAUGAUUUGUGCAAUCCGAACGUAUGAAUUCAGCCUGGUCGUGCAGCACGUACCUACAAAUUGCUACAUACCGUAGAUGCAACUUCACGGUCAGCGAUCCCCACCCAGAAUCGGCUAGUCACGCCAUGUGAACACAGAAGUUGUGCACAAUUCGACACAUGCAACAGGGUUUACCUUCUCCCACGGCGAACUGGCCGUGGGGGGCAAGUCAACCUGGUAGUUUCUGAUCGUUCUUUCGAAAUCAAGCCACGGAGAAUGAAAUCUGACAGUCGAUGAUCGGUUCGCAAUGACUGCACGCCGGAAUGCACCUCCAGGAAGCAAGUUUCCAGGGUGUACAUGUCGACAUACAACCGUAGUGCGCGAGAAAUUGGAACAAGUAUCAACUCAUGUAACCUUUACGGAAUGUGUGGCGUUUGAGCUGUUCGGAAACGGGGGACGAUGGAAGACGAAUAGAAUCACAGCAUUUUGCUCGUUUUCUUCUCCGCUGUUUUUCGUAGCGAACAGGUCCGACAGCUGCUUGAAAUCGAAAUAACGCUACCUAGACAGAUGUACCCGGAAACGACAAACAAAGCAAAACGGCAUCUGGCAAGUCGAUAACGAGAGGCACUCAAUGAAGGACCAAAUACGUCAGCUAUACUGCGCCGGAAUAUAGACGCAUGUCGGGCAAAUCCAAGCCAACACGUCAUCGAAUACAACGUCGGCGCCACCUGGUGCCUUUCUAUUUGGUGGUCGUCCACGAAAUCAUACCAUACAAACCAUGGAACGCUUGAAUCGGCGUGCAUGAUUCGGGCCAGAAACCACCAGGAUUAUGCACAAAUUAUCGAACAAAGCUCACGUAAACGACUGCGAAAGAUCUAAUCUUGCUACGAUGCACUGUCGCUACUUCGCCCAAAUACCCCUUGUUGGAGAAGAGAAAAGCUGCCGCGCUAAUGCGUUUCAGUUCGAUAUUCUGGACUGCUGCACUACCAAGGGCGGCCUCCCUCAAUGGCAUCUGUCCUGAACAACGACGGCAUUAUUUCCACACAGGUAGCCCUCAUUUGGUCAGCAUCUUGCCAUGCUUGCAGCCUGCAUUUGUGCUUGCUUCGGGCCCUCAAAACACAGCGUUUCCCCAAACGAACUUUAUAGGAUGAGCACUUCCGGCGCUGUUCACACACCCUUGUCCCCACCGAAGAAAAAAAGCUCGACCGCCUGCGGUUGCAACGGCCGACCUCUCUGCAACCCUUCAACGUCUGAAACAAUUGGCCUGGUCGGACGACAAACCCAAUAUCGCACUCACCCCGGCCUCGAAGAUAUGCACGCGUGCAGUUUCCGAGAGUAUGGGAAUUUGUUCCUGACUCAAUCGCAAGAGUCUGAGCGAUGGCCCCACUGCUGUUCUCAAUGUUAAACAUACUGUACCCUUUCACACGACUCGAUUGGGCUCACGUCCUUCUUGCGAGUGGUUGGCACAAAUCACGGGGCACAGAUGUCCGACGGUAGUAUUCUAGUAUGUCAUUCUACUGGAGGUGUUAUCCAUGACCACACCGAAAUUCGUUUCUUUGUCUGUGCACAGUAGCGAGAGCUAAUCGACAGAAAAUGUUGCUGUUCGUUGAGUGUGAAGACUUCAUUACGGCAAUCAAAACCACAGCAGCAGAGGUGACACCAGGGGGGGCCAAUCACUGCGACUCAGAGGCUGAGUUGAAAACAACAAAAUAGUUGCAUCCUCGCAGUCCUACUAAUCUGGGGACGGCUCAUCACUCAGCAAAUCACCUCUUCUCAGGACAUCGAACAAAUGAUCCAGAAUUGAACGAGAGCAGUGCAAUCGCCGAUUCGAUUCCUGGUAUGGACAUGAUCUUUGGUUUAAAUGCUCGCUGUUCAAUUUCGGAAAAACAAAGAACUUUCUCUCAACAAUGAUAGGUGACUCUCUACUAGUUAGCAUGACACCACCGGUGAGCAGGUGUCGCAGGUGUUGGUCGGAAGCGAGAACCAUGCAAACAAGACUUGAGUUUGAAAGAGUGAAACGAUACUUCUGAUGCAGCAUGAAAUUCCAGACAAGGCAUCUCUUCACUUGGGACAAUGCUUUCAAACACACCAGUCUCCUCCGAGAGGGCUAGUAGUGACCCAUCGAAGUUCUUUCACCGAUCAUCAAACACAAUUCUGGGGUGCGACCACGACAACGACUCGCUGGGGCACGCGGGAGCUUCGCCCCUGUAGCAUCACUCACCGCUCAGUUGGUUUUGACAAGCGCAUGACAGGUGAACAAAGCAUGCAACAUGCCACGCGUUUACGCUCAUCGCACUGGUGCCCAAUACAAACGUGCAUGAGAAACAUGUUUCCAUUCGAAUAGACUACACGGAAAAUAUCGGCCCAUCGCUCGGCAACGCUGCGAAGUCGAGCAACACCAACCUGCCCCUCGCACGGUAAGCCCUUCGAUACGCGUUGGCCUUGCAGGGACAUGAAAGUUGAAACACAGAAACAUACAAGGUGAUGGUGGGUCGCGCCGUGCCGCGAGGCUUGUCCAAAUGGUACCCUGAACCUCGGGUGAGCUGAUGCUCAAGGGAGUUGGGCUCACAUAGGCAGGGCAAAUAGACAGUUGACGUGCGCGUUUGUGCGGUCUAGACUUCACAGCCUGCUUUCGUACACACCGGGGCGGGAGUCCUAAGUUGUGCGGAGAAGCCAUGUCGGACCUGUCCUCGAAAUAUUUCCUGUGGGGUUCAACGCCAACAAGCUCGAAACGCGAUCUAGCACCACGGGCUACAUGGAUCUUCAGACCAAUGAGGUUGCCCAAGCCUGAGACGUAUUCGAAUUGCUUCCGAGGGACACAGACCCACGUCAUUGAUGAUUUGUGCAAUCCGAACGUAUGAAUUCAGCCUGGUCGUGCAGCACGUACCUACAAAUUGCUACAUACCGUAGAUGCAACUUCACGGUCAGCGAUCCCCACCCAGUAUCGGCUAGUCACGCCAUGUGAAAACAGAAGUUGUGCACGAUUCGACACAUGCAACAGGGUUUAUCUUCUCCGACCGCCAACUGGCCGCGGGGGGCAAGUCAACCUGGUGGUUUCUGAUCGUUCUUACGUAAUCAAGCCACGGAGAAUGAAAUCU